AUGCCGCGCACGCUGGUGCAAGUCAAUCAGUUGCUUCACGAAAAGCUAUUCUGUUGGCAUAGUAGAGAAGAUCAUAUUGCUAUGCUGGUGCCGGUUUCCGGAACAUCGGGUCCUGACAUUAGCGGUACCCCGACUGCCCAAGAGGAAGGUCAUCCACAGGCACAUCCGGCACCGUAUGUUACCGAUCGCUUGGCGAAGGUCUAUGGUCCAUGUAUCGAUUGGAUGAGGGAGCGGAAGACAGGAAAGAUCCAAAUGUUGAAUCCAGUUGUGGACAUCCCGGCAUAUGAGGCGUACAAGCUAGUCGGCGCCUCGUCCCAUAUUGUACGCUCUUCUCCUUGGACAUAA